GGAACAAAAUCGCCCUGCAAAGUUCCAGUCCUUAUAUCUCUUUUCUUAGGAGCGUUUACCGGGGGAUUUACUUCCGAGUGUAUCCAAGUGUCACCUUACAGACCGAUCCUGUGCAUGCUUACUUGGAAGCAGAUCCCAAUUGAGUUCCAAAGAGCGUGUACAGGAUUGCAUUUAUUUCCCUUCCUGAUAGAAGCCUUCAGAAUUACAGUAUUUAAGGCUCAGAGCAGAUUGAUCGACCUCUGCCGUUUACCUGUGUAAAGAGCUGAGGGGUACACGGUUCUCUCCUCUGAGGAAUGCUGUAAAAUUGGCCAGAUUGAGAGCUGAGGCAGAGAAGGUAACUUACCUCAGCCCUGUCUAAAAGCCGUGUGGUCACAAUGGCAACCAGGGACAACAAUAGCAAGAAAGUGACUCCUGUGCUCAGAAUAAGUCAGCUUGAUGCCCUUGAACUAAACAAAGCCUUGGAACAGCUGGUUUGGUCCCAGUUUACUCGCUGUUUUCAUGGAUUUAAACCUGGAAUAUUGGCUCACUUUGAACCAGAGCUUAAAGCUUUUCUGUGGCUUUUUUUGUGGAGAUACACCAUCUAUUCAAAGAAUGCAACAGUGGGACAAACUAUUCUGAACAUUCAGUACAAGAAUGACUUAUCCCAGAUGCAGAAAUACCAGACAUUGAGCAAGCAACAGAAAUUAUGGUAUCUUAUUUGUACUGUUGGUGGGAAAUGGUUGGAAGAAAGGUGUUAUGAUUUAUUUAGCAAUCGUCCAUUGGAGUUGUUCCAGAGGACAAAGUACGUUAUUAACUUAGUAGUUGGAGUCCUCAGACUUUGUGAAUUGCUGAACUUCUUAAUUUUUCUUCAGAAGGGAAAGUUUGCUACACUUACUGAACGUAUUUUAGGAAUCAGUUCAGUGUUCUGCCAGCCACAGAAUGUCCGUCAAAUUGGAUUUGAGUACAUGAACAGGGAACUCCUGUGGCAUGGAUUUGCUGAAUUUCUAAUUUUUCUUUUGCCACUUAUUAACAUACAAAAACUCAAACUUAAAGUCUCUUCUUGGUCUCUACCUAUUUCAGGAUGUCCCAGAAAUGAAAAUAAUUCAGUAGCAUGUUAUAAGGAAUGUUCUCUGUGUGGGCAAUGGCCCAUUAUGCCUCACACCAUCGGAUGUUCACAUGUUUUUUGUUACUAUUGUAUUAAAAGCAACUACUUAUUUGAUUUGUAUUUUACUUGUCCUAAAUGUGGCACAGAGGUGCAAGAUCUGCAGCCAUUAAAAUAUAAGAUAGAAAUGAAAGAGGUAGAUACACAAUAAGCUUGUUAAAGUUUUCAUCAAAUCCAUAAUUAAGUAUAACUUGUGCAAUCUAUGGAACUACUGUAUCCUGAUACAUAAAUUCUGUUUUACCUCUAGUAGUUUCAACCUUUCUGUAAUAGUGAAUUCUCUCUUAGCUGUUGCUACUUUUUAGGUUGUGUAACUUUACUGUAAAAUGAUCAACAGCUAUAAAGAGAUCAGGUUUUUUUAAAAAAUUGCAAACUCAAUAAAAGUGUAC